UUAUUUAUUCCUCUAAUGAUUCACUUUUACUAGUUUUCUUCCAGCAUGAGUAAUUUUCGGUUUGAGGCUGACUUGCUAAAUACACUUUAAAUAAUUUGUUUCAAGUAGUUUACAACUUUCUGUAAUAAAGUUAAAUAUUUAAUUCGAGAAAAAUGUCGUCGGAAACUUGUUUCUGUGGAUGCACGCUUGGACGGGGUGCUCUUGCCAUUGGAACUAUUAACGCUAUCGCCGGCAUCCUCGCCGUCGGCAGGGAUUCCAUUGUGGUCACUGCCGCGAUCUUCUAUCCAGACCAAUUUGUUGACCCUGCCUUUCACGAAAAUCCUAGUCGCUACUACACUAUUUGUGGCGUUAGAAUCUGCAUAUCCGUCGUGCACACGAUUUUAUCAUGUUUUAUGGUGCACGGAUGUCGAACUAAAAAUAACCGCUUGAUUAUGCCUUGGGUGAUCUGGACGUACGUGUGCAUCAUCGUUGAAGUUAGCCUGGCUGUGAUCAUGUUUUUUCUCUUCGUUAUAUUUGUCCUAUUUUCUGGACAAAUCGGGGUGGGAUUUUGGAUUUUCCUUACAUGCUUAGUUAUCCUUGGAGUGCAGGCUUAUUUUCUUUCCGUGGUGAGAACAUUUUCCCACGUGUUAAAAAGAGAUACGGUGCAGGAUUGAAGUUUGUUACGAUGCACAUUUGCAAAUCAAAUUACUACAUGUCGAAAAAACUAGAAUUGUUAUUAACUCAAACAUGCUUGUGUGCGUAAUUAAUUAACCAUUUGAUAUUGGGGGUAUUCAUGAAUUUCGUUCGCAUAGCUAAAGUAUAAUUGCUGAUUGAACUUAUUAAUCUAAAUCUGGGUAACAUAUGAUAAAUAUGUAUUUAGAUAUAUGCAAUUAUGUAUUUACAUAUGUAUGUAUGUACAUCAAAUAAUUGACCUCAACUUAAAGAGCUAACGAAUUGUUUCAACACAUAAACCUUAUUUAUUUCAGGAAAUAAAUACAUAUAUAG